AUGCCUGGAAAGCAGGACGGGGCCGGCGAGUUGAACGCGCUGCUGAAGCUGUUUGGACGGAUGGUGCGGGCGCGGCCGACGCUGGAGCCGGACGCGACGACGGUGUUCCGGCUGAUGCGGCCGCUGAAACGGGCGGUGAGGAGCGGGGAUCUGGGACUGGGGCUGGUGCAGAGCUUCGUACGGCGGUGGGGAUUACGUGUGGUGGAUGAUAGGGUCCGGCGGCGGCUUGCGUCUCUGGCAAUCAAGCAGGCGAACAGCCGGCUGGCACUCGACGUCGUUCGAUCGCAGGAGGUUGUCGAGCAGGUCCAGGCGGAGAUGGCGGCCGAGAACGUCCUUCUUCACGACGUGGCGCACGGCACGCUGUCGGGGCAGCCUGCUCAACGCGGCGAGCUCCUCCGCUUCGGGCGGCGGGCCAGAGAGGGUUGGCACUGGCGGCUUGUCCGGAGACGGCUGUGGCGGGCACGGAUGGCGGCAGGGAAGAGGAAGCAGAACAUAUUCAGCCACUUCGAUCUUCUCUCUCGCCCAUCCUCUUCCAGCCAUGCCCGUUCACCGUCGCCCCGUCUCUCUCAUUCCGUGUCCUCGACGUCCCCCAAUUAUUCCCCUCUCCCUUUGCAUUCCAACGUCACCCCCCAGCCCAUAAAUUCAGCCCCCAAUGUCCUCUCUCUCCAUCCCCUGCCUUUCCCUUUCCUUCCCUUCUCCCCCUCUCACACCGUCCUCAUGUCUCAGAAGUUCGCCGUCCCGGUCCCCGACUCCUUCUUGAGCAUAGCCACCACUUGUGUCGGCUGCGGACCAGGCGGAAGCACUUCCAUGUUGGCACGCGUCGCUAUCGUCAAUUACCGCGGCCAGACCCUCUGUGACAUAUUCGUCCAGCCAACAAUGCCCGUGUCUGAUUAUCGCACUAGCACCACCGGCCUUUCCGCCACAGAUUUAGACCCCAUGCCAACCUCACCCGUCCCCUCUCCGCUCGCAGAUAACGGGGCACGCCCAUUUAAGGACGUCCAGCAGCACGUUGCUGCCCUCAUGAAGGACAAGGUGCUCGUCGGACACUCCCUCUGGCAGGACUUGGUCGUCCUCGGCAUUCCUCAUCCCGCGGUUGCAACCCGCGACGUCGCGCUCUACCAGCCAUUCCGGAAUGCUCUCCGCACUCCAAAUCAAAUCAUCGGCCUCCAGACCCUAAUGUGGCACCUUAUGCGCCGCAGAAUUCAGGACAGCAAAGUCGAUGCGCUCGAAAAUGCUCGCGCAGCGCUUGAUCUCUAUCGCUCCCAUGCGGCCGAAUGGGAGGGUGCCGUCUCCAAGGGACAGUGGCCUUGCCAUCUCCCCCCCAGCACUUUUUCCCGCUGCUACCUGUGA